AUGGCCCCGAAUCUUCUCUCCGGCGAAGAAGUCUACGGGCAACCAAUCCACCGCCAGUACUCCACGGACACAUUCCCACGCCCAUACUUUUUCUACGGCAGCCUGAUGGACCCACAACGACUUUCCGAGAUUCUACGAUCGGACAUCAAACAUCUCCCAAGCUUGCGAUCGGCGCAUACCAUAGGCUACCGCUGUAAGCUGUGGGGGCCAUAUCCUGCGCUGGUGUAUGCGCCGGAUGCGGUCACGCACGGCAUGGUCUUGGAAAUGCAGGACGAGAAGCAGGUGGAGCGGUUGCAACAUUAUGAGACGAGCAAUUACCGGGUGCAGGCAUGUACGCUACGUUUUGAAGAUGGGAGUGAGGCGAGGGGGGAGACGUUUAUGUGGGACGGUGAGGAGGGAGAGCUGAGGGAGGGGUCAUUCGAUUUGAAAGCUUGGCAGAGUUUGGAAUAUGGAGGACACGCGGUCCACGGAGACAUUACUGGAGCAUGGCAAGCGGAAGUCCCUACCUGA